GCCUAUACACAGAGUUAUAUAGAGAUGUAGGUACAUGGAGGACUGGAGCCAUUCGUCCUAUAACCGCGCAGAACGCUCCGCACGCCCCGUCGUGCCCCCUAUGGAGCGCGCAUGCGUGGCUUUGACUUGACAGUUCGACUGUGCUAACACGUCCCAAUUUCCUUCAUGGAAUUUAUCAACGUCGCAAAUCCACCGUGAACGUGCCCAGCACGACGGGUUUAUAACGGUUGAGCGCGCGCGGAAAGCAGCAAUGCGCCGCGCCGUGCGCCUCUAAACAUGGUGGCCAACAUUGGCGUUAUCAACUCUGGAAAUGUGGAGGCGACGGCGUAUAUAAGCGCGGUAGCGGCGUUCGCGGCAGUGGUGCUCGUGUUGCUCCUGUUCCUGGGCAGGAGAUGGUGCUACUCCGCUGUGUUCGGCCGCAAAUGCUGCGAUGAUCCGGUGAUCCCUCGCCCGCAGCCCUGCCUGCCGCUCGACAAUGCUCAGUUUGAUGCUUUACCGAUCCAUUAUCCCGAACGCAUAUUCACGUUCGAGACCUCCGACUCGGACGAAGAGCUGCGUUUGCGCAUACAACAGGAUAAAGAGGAGGUGGAAUGCCACUAUGAGGAGAAGAACGAGAACCAACCUGUCAAGCUGGAGGUGGAGCUGGUAGAGACAGCGCUCCGGGAGACCAGGAUUGAUGAUGUGGUGCCGCAACGCGCAGAGUACAUCCACACGCUCGAGGCGCAGAGCAGUGUGGAUAGUGACGUCAUGGUACACAAUGACACGUCACUUCUGUGCGGUGAGAGCAGCAGCUCUCAGGAGCGGGGUUCCGUGGAAUUGACCUUGUUGUACGACGCGCCUGUCCGAAGCAUGACGGUUCAUGUGCUGCAGGCUCGAUCUCUGCCCUUGAGGACACAGGGCCAGAUCCUACAAAGCCAGGUUCGGAUCGUACUUCUACCGUUGAAAAAGCAAAAAUUCAAGUCGAAGAUCAGGAACGGGGAAAAUCCUCAAUACAUGGAGAGUUUCGUUCUGCACAAAAUAAAUCCAGAGGAUGUCCACGGCCUCGGCCUCCGUAUCCGUAUUUACGGGUGCGAGCGCAUGCGCCGCCAGCGGCUGCUGGGCGAGGCGGCCGUCAGCUUCGCGACACUCAACUUCGAGUUGGAGAACAGCUUGUGGCUGCAGCUGGCGCCGAGGCAGCACCACCAGCCCUCGCUGCAGCUGCCGAAACUGGACUUGAGCCAUUCGUUCUCGGGCGUGCUGGCGAGCCCCUCGUCCAUCGCGACGGUGACGACGCCGGGAGGCGCGGGGGGCGCGGGGGCAGAGGCGUGCAGCCUCGCGCGCUCCGACUCCGCCUCCUCCUGCUGCAGCGCCAGGUCUGCGCCGGAGUUGCUGCUCGGGCUGCAGUAUAACUCCACCACUGGACAUUUGUCUGUCGAGGUGAUAAAAGGCACGCACUUCCGUAAGCUGUCCCCCAACAAGGCCCCGGACACGUACGUGAAGCUGUGCCUCAUCAGCUCGCUCGGCAUGGAGAUGGGCCGCUGCAAGUCCACCACCCGCCGCGCCCAGUCCAACCCACUCUACAAGGAGAUUUUCAUAUUCCAGGUGGCCUUAUUCCAAUUGACGGAGGUGACCCUGAUGGUGUCUGUGUGGUGGCGUCGCAGCGUGAAGCGGAACGAGAUGGUGGGCUGGUUCUCGCUGGGCCACAGUCCGUCCGGCCGCGAGGAGGAGCAGCACUGGCAGCAGCUGUGCGAGCGGCACGGGGAACAGGUACAGCGUUGGCACGUGUUGCUGGACUCCUGACGGUCAGUGACUUAGCGCGUGGAAGUCGCGCACGCUUGAAUUUGUCUCGCCUCCGGGCUCUCGCUGGCCGCGCCCAGGUGCCGGCUCCGACGGGAAGCUGAUCCGAAGUCACGCGUCAGCUUGCGCUAUGUAACCUAUAUUUGGUCUGAGGCACAUAUAAUCCGAUUUGUCUGUGGUAUAUUCAAAUUGAGAAUUCCAUUUCGAAAACGGAUUAUUAUUGUUUUUAGAUGUGCUGAAAUCGACCAAAGAAUAGAGGCGUUUGAAUUUUACAAGGUUAGAUGUCAUACGUGGUGCGUUAUGCUUUACUUGUUACAGCACUAGCGAUCAGCUUAAUAUCACAUUGAUCAUCAAUUUCGUUUCCGCAAUGGAUUUCUUGUAAUGUGAUACUGAUGUUUUCGAAGUGUAAAAUGAUGUUUUCGAAGCACACUCUGACUGAAUCUGAUUGAAAAUUUUGAUAUUAUGAAAGAUAUGUAUUAUACUUAGAAUAGAGGUUUCGGUGUAUUUCUUUCUAUCGCUUUGAAUAAAUCCAAUAGUGAUUUUAUUGUCUAGUACGUAUGAAAUACGUUUCACAGUGGAAUUGUAUUCGUAAAUUGGAUCGUAGAGGUUAUGUGUUAGAUAAAUAUUGACACAAAAUUGAGUUGUCGUGUUUGAAAGUUUUGUAAGUAGCGUUUUAUAUGAUGAAGAAGACUUGGAGCGCACAAAUCAUGUGAGAUAGAUUAAAGUUAACUUUACGGAUAUGUAUUGUAUAGUUGUAUACUCGUAUGUAGGUACCUAUAUGAAUAACACUUUAUAUCAAAUAGGAAACAAACAUAUAUAUAAGUUAAACUUACAUAAUCAUUAACGAAAAUUAAAUGAUGAAACAAAUGAAAAUUAAAUGUACAUUCUUUAAUAAUUUAUAUAAAUAAAAAUAAUGUCGACCCCAACUUUUUAACUUUAAAAUGUAUUUAAAAUAUUAUUAUUAUUAAUAGCUUGAUGUGGUGUUGACCGUUCAUGCUUAAUAAUUUUCAGGGUUCACAGAUUAUCUUAUUUUUUAAUCUGUAAUCCAUGUUAUAAUUAAUUCAUGAUAGUGACUCUGUUUAUAAGGAGGUUCUGGCCACGAGGAUAUAAUUAUAUUUUAUAUGCUUUGCGUAGAUAUGUUCGCUCAUGGACAAAUAUGACACAGUUCCGAACUUUAUUGUAGAUAGAAACCGAUUUAUCUGUAUAAUAUGUCAGACAAAAACGACUUUAUUGAAUAAUCUGAUACCAGUUGAAAUAAAAAGAAAGUUAUUUUAAUUCCGUCUCUAUUGUAUACAAUUUUAUAUAUUUAGGUUGUGUUAACAUUUAAGUGUGCAUACUAUGAUUACUGCACUACGAAUACAACAUAUAUUCUAUAGACAAGUAAUUAUAUUUUUAAUUAAUUUAUUUUAUAAACUACUUCGAUCAACGUUUUUUAAUAAUACUUGCCUAGCUACAUGUAAAAUUACUAGAAAUUAUUCGAUAUACAUAUUCAACAACUUGUGAAAAAUGUUCUAUUGUAAUGCUCCAGUAAGAUGGUCAAAUAAUUAUAAACUUAAUUUAAUCAAGAUCUCAUUUUGUGUAUCUUGUAUAAAAGAACAAAUUUUUGACCAAAUAAAAAGCUGCGUUAAACUAGUAUAGAAUAUAAAUUAAUAUUAACUGAUAUUUAACUUUUGACAUAGAAAGUUAAAAAUGUACUUUCACUAGAUCCAAUAAAUUUUGUAAUUAGAAAAAGAAUUCAAACUUUUCAAAAUUUCAAAUUUAUAAUACCUACUUAAAUAAAAUUAAUUUAUAACUUCUUACGAUAAUUUAAUUUUUUGAUUAGAUAAAAAUUCACUAGACAUUCAACCAAUCACGUUAAUUUAAUGUCAUUUUAAUUUACCAAUUUGUUAAUUACGUUAUUUGUUAUGAUGAUUUUUUCAUUAAAACAGUACUUAGGGCUUUUAGUUCCAAAAUGGUGUUGGCUGGGACACAUAAUAUUAUCAUUGAUUAUCUACUGAUAUACAUUUUUAUCGUUGUUGAUACGACAACAGUAACUGAUUUAAUGUUUUAUAAAUAUUUCAGUCAAAAAUCGUCGAUACAAUAUUGACUAAUAAUGUAUAGACGAUUUUUGACUGUAAAAUUUGUCUGUAAUAGAAAAUGAGAAUUUACAGUAGGUAGAUAUGUGAUACCGAUGACGUGUGAAAUUAUCUUUAGUGUUAUCAACCUCGAAAGUUUUGUGUUAUCACAAUAAAGUUUCAAUUUUAUAUUGAUAAGUAUGCAUCUCACACAUGCUUUAUUUAAAUUUGAAUAAAUA